CCCAGAAAGGCGGCGACUAGGCCGAUGACAACAUUAGGCCGCGACGCGCUCCUGGCUGGGCGGCGGUGUUAGCGGCAGCCCGGGCGGCUGUGGCGUUAGCUUUGCCGCCGCCGACAGCCGGCAGGCGGAGGGAAGGUGGGAGCCUGCUCUGGCGGGCCGACAGCGGGACCAGAGUUCCCGCCCGGCUUCGCGGGCCGCGCCGGCGGCGCCCCAGUUGCACCUAGACAGCGCCCUCAGUCUGGGCUCGCGCUCCAGCUGCCGCCGGCGACAGCCGUCAAGAGAAGUUGGGGUCCGACCCGACGAGUGCAGGGCCCCGGACCGCGGCGUCUUUGCGGCUCCAGAGGAACCGGCUCGCUGCCUCCCGCCUCGCUGGACGCCCGCACCGGAUUUGCAGAUAUUCAGGAUGGCUGAACAAUAAUAGAAAGAGAAGCAUAAACCUAUCUUCUUUCAUUAUGGAGACAGGUUUGGCAGAUGGAGAGCCUGACCGAACUUCGAUCUUGCCAUAUUCAGAAGUUGCUGAAGUUCAAGAGACACUUCUUGGUGAUAGCAAAGAUGUCCUUGGGCCAUCAAAUGUUAUAGCAAACAGUGAGGAAGCUCAACUUCUAACCCCAGGAAAGAUGAGUCAGCGCCAAGGGAGAGAAGCUUAUCCAACACCAACCAAAGAUUUGCAUCAGCCAUCUCUUAGUCCAGCAAGUCCUCAUAGCCAGGGUUUUGAAAGAGGGAAGGAAGAUAUUUCUCAAAAUAAAGAUGAGUCUUCACUUUCUAUGUCAAAGAGUAAGUCUGAAUCUAAACUUUAUAAUGGCUCGGAGAAGGACAGCUCAACUUCAAACAAGCUCACAAAGAAAGAAUCUCUUAAGGUGCAAAAGAAAAAUUACCGAGAAGAAAAGAAAAGAGCUACAAAGGAGUUACUCAGUACAAUCACAGACCCUUCUGUCAUUGUUAUGGCUGACUGGCUGAAGAUUCGUGGUACACUAAAGAGCUGGACCAAGUUGUGGUGUGUGUUGAAACCUGGGGUGCUACUGAUCUAUAAAACCCAAAAAAAUGGUCAGUGGGUAGGAACAGUCCUUCUGAAUGCCUGUGAAAUCAUUGAGCGUCCAUCAAAAAAGGAUGGCUUUUGUUUCAAACUUUUCCAUCCUUUGGAACAAUCUAUUUGGGCAGUAAAGGGUCCAAAAGGUGAAGCAGUUGGAUCCAUAACUCAGCCCCUCCCUAGCAGUUACUUGAUCAUCCGAGCUACUUCAGAGUCUGAUGGAAGGUGCUGGAUGGAUGCUUUGGAGUUGGCUUUGAAAUGUUCUAGUCUUCUAAAACGUACAAUGAUCAGGGAGGGAAAGGAACAUGACCUGAGCAUUUCAUCAGAUAGCACACAUGUGACUCUGUAUGGCUUGUUACGUGCUAACAAUCUCCACAGCGGUGACAACUUUCAGUUAAAUGAUAGUGAAAUUGAACGACAACAUUUUAAGGACCAAGAUAUGUAUUCCGAUAAAUCUGAUAAAGAAAAUGAUCAAGAACAUGAUGAGUCUGACAAUGAGGUGCUGGGGAAAAGUGAAGAAAGUGACACAGAUACAUCAGAAAGGCAAGAUGACUCGUACAUUGAGCCUGAGCCUGUGGAGCCUUUGAAGGAAACUACCUACACUGAGGAGAGCCACGAAGAGCUUGGGGAGGCUGGUGAGGCUUCUCAAACAGAAACUGUGUCUGAAGAAAACAAAAGCCUUAUCUGGACACUGUUGAAACAAGUUCGUCCUGGCAUGGACCUGUCCAGGGUGGUUUUGCCUACAUUUAUUUUGGAACCUCGUUCUUUCCUGGAUAAACUUUCAGAUUACUACUAUCAUGCAGAUUUCCUUUCUGAGGCUGCUCUUGAAGAAAAUCCUUAUUUCCGUUUGAAGAAAGUAGUGAAAUGGUAUUUGUCAGGAUUCUAUAAAAAGCCAAAGGGACUGAAGAAACCUUAUAAUCCUAUACUUGGUGAGACUUUCCGCUGUUUAUGGAUUCAUCCCAGGACAAACAGCAAAACUUUUUAUAUUGCUGAACAGGUGUCCCAUCAUCCACCAAUAUCUGCCUUUUAUGUUAGUAACCGAAAAGAUGGAUUUUGCCUUAGUGGUAGUAUCCUGGCUAAGUCCAAGUUUUAUGGAAACUCAUUAUCUGCAAUAUUAGAGGGAGAAGCACGAUUAACUUUCUUGAAUAGAGGUGAAGAUUAUGUAAUGACAAUGCCAUAUGCUCAUUGUAAAGGAAUUCUUUAUGGCACAAUGACACUGGAGCUUGGAGGAACAGUCAAUAUUACAUGUCAAAAAACUGGAUACAGUGCAAUACUUGAAUUUAAACUAAAGCCAUUUCUAGGGAGUAGUGAUUGUGUUAAUCAAAUAUCAGGGAAACUUAAAUUGGGAAAAGAAGUCUUAGCUACUUUGGAAGGCCACUGGGAUAGUGAAGUUUUUAUUAAUGACAAAAAGACUGAUAAUUCAGAGGUUUUCUGGAAUCCAACACCUGACAUUAAGCAAUGGAGAUUAAUAAGGCACACUGUAAAGUUUGAAGAACAAGGAGAUUUUGAAUCAGAAAAACUCUGGCAACGGGUAACUCGAGCCAUAAAUGCCAAAGACCAAACAGAAGCUACUCAAGAGAAGUAUGUUUUAGAAGAAGCUCAAAGACAAGCUGCCAGAGAUCGAAAGACAAAAAAUGAAGAAUGGACUUGCAAGUUAUUUGAACUUGAUCCACUCACAGGAGAAUGGCAUUACAAGUUCGCAGAUCUACUGGUUAGUGUCCCAAAAAUGAAACAUAAGCCAACCAGGCAACAGAAGAAAGUAGCAAAAGGAUAUUCUUCCCCAGAACCUGAUAUCCAAGACUCAUCUGGCAGUGAAGCUCAAUCAUUAAAACCAAGUACAAGAAGAAAGAAAGGGAUAGAACUGGGAGACAUUCAAAGUUCCAUCGAAUCUAUAAAACAAACACAGGAGGAAAUUAAAAGAAAUAUUAUGGCUCUUCGAAAUCAUUUAGUUUCAAGCACACCUGCAACGGAUUAUUUUCUACAGCAAAAAGACUACUUCAUCAUUUUCCUCCUGAUUUUGCUUCAAGUCGUAAUAAACUUCAUGUUUAAAUAGAAGUUCUCUACUUGUUGAAUCAAUGAACUAGAAAAAUGAGAUUUUUCCUAGGACCAAUGACUAAGUUGGUUUGGUCUUUAUUAAAACAUCACAAAAUUUCAAAAACCCUAGGGGAUAAAUGUAGAGGUGUUAAUCUUUCAUAUCUUUUAUCCUUGACCUGAAAUGAGCUAUCCUAUUUGGUUAUUAAAGUGACCUGUGUAUUAAGUGCCAGGACAUUUCUAGCUUUCGUGAAAAUGUGUCUACAUGUGAGUAUAAUAAAUCUACAUGUAUACACAUUUGUCUCUUAUGUACUCUUACCUGAUAGUAGUCUUUGUAUUCUGUGGUAUGUUCUUAGAUAUAACAUUAACAUUGUUCGUAACAAAAAUGCUAUCACUCUUAUAAAUAUAUGUAAUCUAUUUUCUUCAUAAAACAGGCACAAAGCUUUUAUCAAUAAGGAAUUAUAGACUGAGAAAUGAUGGAAUAAUAGACAUGAAUAACUCAGUACAUUGUACUGUUAAAAUAAUUUCCAAACACCCAGCUCAAUUGUCUUCUUAUAAA